AUGAUUUUUAAAUUGAACAUAGCCAAAAAUAGUAUCCGAGAUAGAAAGAAAAGUCAAUUGCGAAAUAAAGCUGCUCAUGCCGCCGAAAAAUAACUGAGAAGUCGUACUCGCUCGUCAAGAUUGUUUGUGAAAAGUGUGGAAGUUUUAAGUGAAAAAAUAUUUGUAUUAAUACAGUAAAAUAUUGCAAACAAUAUAUUUUAUGAUUUACAUGUUUAAUAAAAUUGAAAAAGUUAUAAAAACCAAAAAUUAAUUGGGUACGCAAGAUAACGCGAUUAAGAUGUAUAAAACCAAAAAGGAAGUCGAUGUAUAUGUGCGAAAAGCAUUGUCUCAAAUUCGUACCGAAAAGGAGCGUAAUUUGCGUGGUUAUAUAAUUGCUAAACAAUAUUACAAAAUAAACGAGUUCUUAACGGCUGAACAGUUUUUAAAUUUGUAUCUUAGUGUAAAUGAAACUAAUGACCAGGCAUACAAAUUGCUUGGUCAGUGCUAUCAACAUUUAAAGAAACCAGACAAGGCUUUGCAGUCAUUUCAGCGUUCACUCCAACUGAACCCUAAGCAGAAUGAUUUAUUAAUUGCUAUUUGCAGUUUGCUAAUCCAGGAUGAUAUAUACAAUGCCAGUAAGGCGCGUCAUUGGUGUGAACUUGCGGAAUCGCAAAAGGUUCAUCAUGAUGCUGUAUUUUCAUUACGUUUGAAAUUAAUCAAAAGCGAAAAUGAAGCAGAUGAUAGUCAAGCUGAGAUAAUAAUACUUAAAGAAAUCUCUGCUCAAUCUAAAGACAUUGGUCUUCGUAUUAGACUUGUACGUUUUUACUUAGAUCAGAAUAAUAUACAAGAGGCGUUUAAAUAUGCAUAUAAUGUUGAAAUGGGUUUCAACGAUUCUCUUGUUGGUAAUACUGAAUGGUACGACACGAUUUGGUUGAUGUUAAUGAAGUACGAGCAAAUGCCUAAUACUGAUAAAAACUGGGAAUUUUGGUUGUUGUUGACUAUAUGUCUGGAGCGGCAGAUAUAUUUAAGUUUUACUUGCACGGAAAUAGCUAAUAAUUCGUCAGGCAAUACAGAAAUUGCUAAUUUGCUAUUUAAUUUUGAUCAAAAUCUAUAUAAAAUCUCAACUUUAUCAGCAAAGUUUAAAGCUAAACCGGAUUUAAUUAAUGUCUUUAUGAAUCAUUAUCGUGGCCAGUUUCUGCUUUAUGCAACAUCAUUGCUAUUUAAGCGGGAAUUAUUGCAAAAUAAAAAUAAAUGGAAGGAAUCAGUACGCAUGGUAUUACCUUUAAUGUUAUUGGCAGUACAAAUUAAACUGCCAGAUACAAAGCAACCGUGGACUAAACACUGUGAUGAAAACAGCAUACAAUUGUUACAAUUAUGGCAUCGAGAAGGUGCUUUUCGUAAUGUUCAGAUGGGUCGUACACUGCAUUCCUGUGUUACAGCAGAUGAUGCUGUAAAAGAUAAUACGAAAAACACCUCUUUGUGGACGGAUACAAACAAUUUGAUUUCACAAGUGCGUCAAGUUUGCGCAGAAAAGCAAUGGCGUCGUAAUAUAUUUGCCCUAUUAUUUUGCAAUAGUGAUCAGCGCAUUAAAGAGAAAAGUUCCAUGCUUAUGAAUAGUGCAGAUUUUUCUGAGCCAGUUUAUGAGUUACCAACUUACGCUGAUAUUGAAACGUAUGAAGAAAUAGCUCAGUUUUUGAAUCCAAAUUCAUUGCAGCAUACAGCGUACCUUUGCAUUGGAAAUGAUAAUUUAGGAGAUGUACGUGCCAAAUUCUUUAAUCGUUUACCAUUUUCAACACAAAACCUAACAUACUGUGGUGCGGAAUCACUCAACCAGUUAGAUGUAGACACUUUCCUAUAUGCUACUACCUUACAAGCGAAAAGACUACUAGAAGUUGAAUAUGAUUCAUGCGAUAAUUAUAAUGGUAACGGACAGAAUUCCAAUGAUGGCAGACCACGUAUUUUACCAUUCUUAAAUAUACAUCGCAAACUGUGUACCGACGAACAGGCAUAUUGGUGGAAUGCUGCAUAUAUUUUUUAUAGAAAUAUAAGUGAUGAAAAGACUACAGAAUUACGUUCUGCGUUGCAAUUUGGUUUGGAAGCAGUACGUGGUGUAAGUGGUCCAAAAGUUGAUAUGCUUAUUUUCUUCAAGCUUGGUCAAAUACUUAUUUCACGAUGUGAACACUUAAGUAAACCAGUUGACAAAGGACUAAUUGAAGUGCGUGCUGAACAAAUUUAUAAAUAUGGUCUUGAAAUGCUUAAAUUGAAUGAGAAAUGUGUUUUGGAACCUUUUCGUAAAUAUUUCAAAUAUGCCAAUUUGCAUACAAGUGAAGUUGAGCGGGCAUUGAAUUCGGCGGCUGAAGAAGCAGUUAAAUAUUUAGCCACACGUUACUUUCAAAAAGCUGAAUACGAAGAAUUCAUUGAAGAAAUUAAAGGAGUACAACUGCCGUUUGCCACUUAUUUCCAAGCUGAAGCAUAUCGAAAAUUGGAUGAAUCUAGUAAAACUCCUAAAAAACAAAAGCGUUUAUAUUUAGAAAGUGCCACCGAUUACCUAAAUCAGACAGAAGAAUUAUUAAAAAAAUCAAAUAUUAAUCCAAACCAUCCAUUGAACGCUAUUAUCAAUGGUGAGAUUAAACGUUUGCAACAAGUUUCGGCUUUGUAUCUGAAUGAAAGUGUUUCAUUUUCCAAUAUUGGGCAACAUAAUAAUUCAAGUACUUAUGAAGAUGCUCAUGGUGAGCUAACCAAUUUUUCACUGAAUAUGAACGCUGCUUUGAAUCGUUCACAACGUGACACUGAAGUUGAUAGUCUUAUCAAGCAAAUGGCCAGCACACUUACAUUUCUUAAAGACGAAAUUGUUGAUUCUAUUAAACCAGAGUUGAUUUCCAUGCGCAGUGAAGUUGCAAACAUGAAAGAAAAAAUUAGUGCUAUGGAAGAAACUAUGAAAAAAUCAAAUAUACAUUCAAAUUCUCCUUCUCGUGAUGAAGCUACAAAUGUCUUGGAUGAUAUUUAUCUGUUGGAUGAAGCUAUACAAAAUCAAUUGUUUACACCAACACAGCAACAGCAAUCUUUAACGACUCAACCAAAUUUAUAUCAAGGUAAUUUAUCAAUGAGUGGAAAUGUCUCAAGUCCUUUUGCUCAACAGCAACACCAACGUCUCAAUCCACCAAAUGCAAUGCAAAUUCAAAACGCAGCUGCCGCUGCAGCGGCCGCUGUUUACAAUACACCGCUAUAUAAUCCAAAUUUCCCAGUUAAUUUUUAUGGGUCACCUUAUAUGAUGAAUCCACAGGUAUCGGCAGCAGCAGCAGCAAGUGGAGCAUUAGGUCAACGUAGUACUUUGCCUAUGCCAUUCAUGGAUCCGGCAACUAAUUUAAAUUUUAAUAUGCCACCAAAUCCGUCAAUGUUAUCACAACCAAAUCAAGAUACCCGUAAUAGCAGUUUAUAUAGUUUAUUAAAUCAGGCAACACAUAACGCACAGCCAUUACCACUUCCUACAUCAUUGUCGUUGCCACAAUUAUUACCGCCAACACCCACAACCCCACAAACGACAUUACCUGCAACAAACCUACCACAAUCGGCUCCAGUCAUGCCUCCACAGUUUAAUAAGGCUUUAAAUAACCAACCCGUGGAAAAAGGGCCACCUGCAAAUGUGGUUAUUACAAGUUCUGAUCCUUUGCCAAAUCCCAAUAGUUCUUCAGUGCAGACACAGCAACCAACUUUAAGUGUGACAAUACCUUCACAUCAUAUUAAACCCAGCUUAGUACAGACACCGGAUAUUAUGGGCCCACAGACAACCAGUUCAACCAAUUCUAUGUUUUCGGCAAACAUAACGACAAGUCAACCCAUUUUUGGUAACAUGACCGCUGGUGUAUCACUUUUUGGUAACAAAACUGGUUUAGCUACUGUGCCAUCGACUACUACAGUUAAUCCAGAAACCUUUAGUUUCAAACAAGAUCUGGUUGCUGCUCAAGCAGCUAAUAAGUCGGUUGACAAUGAUAAAACGAAUGUAAGCAUAUCAAGUGAUCUAAACAAAAGUUUUAAUGCCGACUCAGAAGUGGAAUAUGAUCCACGUCCAGACUUUAAACCUAUUAUACCUUUACCAGAUGAAGUAGAAGUCAAAACUGGUGAGGAGGACAUGAAAGUACUUUUCUGUAAUCGUGCUAAACUAUUUCGUCACGUUGAAAAAGAAUGGAAGGAACGAGGUCUUGGUGAUAUGAAAAUAUUGAAACAUAAUAAAGAUGGUACAUAUCAUCUUAUAAUGCGACGCGAGCAAGUACAUAAGUUAUGUGCUAAUCAUAUUAUCACAAGUGAGCUGGUUAUUAAGGCCAUGAGUGCUGAACCUAAAGCUUACGUUUGGUAUGCAAAUGAUUAUUCUGAGGGUGAAAUAAAGCCAGAAAAGUUCUUUGUGCGUUUUAAGACAGCCGAUAUAGCCAAACAAUUUUACGACACUUUUAAAAAUGCACAAAAGGAUGACUCAGAACAGAAAAAAGGCAAGGAAAAUAUGCAACCACCUGCUGUGACCGCUGUAAUAAAAAAUAAUAAAACUGCACAAUCUCCAGUGCAGACAUCACUUUUUGGAGUGCAAAAAAAUACUAAUAAUUUUGCUACUAGCACACCAGCCAAUAAAAAUGAACAAGUGAAGCCAGCGCCCAAAGACAACAAUACUGUAUCAAAUCCCAAAACAACAACUACAGUAACCAGUGCAACUUCCAAAACGCUUUUUGUUGCACCUACUGUUAAGGAACCAGUAACAACACAAGCUUCAUCGCCCUUUGCUACUUUUAAUUUUGGCAAAUCUACUACAACGAGUCCAUCACCAUUUGCAAAUCUUUUCAAUAACAUAGCCAAAUCAACAACAGAUCAAAUUUCUUCACCUUUAUUUGGAACUUCACUAACUCAAACUUUAAAUACCUCAGUUGGUGGUUCUAAAGACAGCCCUAUAAAUACAGCUGAUACACCAAGAAAUAGAACAAGCCAAUCAGACAAUGAAGAUGAAUACGUGCCCACUGCUGACUUUAAGCCCGUCAUUCCAUUGCCAGAUUUGAUUGAAGUAACAACAGGGGAAGAAAACGAAUUAGUGCUCUUUGAACACCGUGCGAAGUUGCUGCGUUUUGAUAAGAACACUGGUGAAUGGAAAGAACGAGGUUUGGGCAACAUCAAGCUUUUGCAGAAUAAAAAUGAUGUGAAUCAAGUACGCAUAGUUAUGAGAAGAGAGCUAGUACACAAGCUAUGUUGUAAUCAGCGUCUUAACAAGAAUACCUCGUUCAAAUUUGCUAAAAAUUCAAAAUGUGCACUGAACUGGGCUGGUCAAGAUUAUUCAGAUAAUGAAUUAGCAACAGAGUUAUUGACGAUACGUUUUAAGACGCCAGACAUUUGCCAAUCAUUUUUGGAUGCUGUAUUAGCAGCACAAAUUAAAAUGACAACUGUCGCUGAAGACGAUGAUAAUGAUACUGAAGAAUAUGAAACUGAAAACAAAGAGUUAAAUGAAAAGAAUAAAGAAAAUAAAGCAAAUAUCAAAACAACAAGUGGUAAAGAAGAAGUCAAAGGUUUCGGGGACGCAUUUAAGCCAAAAGCUGGUUCGUGGACUUGUGAGGGUUGUUAUACAAAUAACAUCAGUGAUGCAAUCUACUGCAUAGCAUGUGAAGCGCCUAAAGAUAGUACUGUGCCUAAAAAGACAAUAAACCCGCUUGCGACAACCGUACCUAGUGGUACAUUUAGUUUUGGUUUUGCAGCAGCCGGUUCCAAUGAAAACAAUAACACAUCCAUAUCCAGUGGGAAUUCCAUUUUAAAUGCAUCGCAAGCAUCUACGGCUUCGGUUACAUCUUUAAAUGCUAACUUGUCUGAUUCGGGUGUCACACAUGAUUCAAAUAGUUCACUAAACUCUUCUUCGAAAAUUGGUUUUGGUGAUCAAUUUAAACCCAAAGCAGGUGCUUGGACUUGUCAAAGUUGCUAUUUAAGCAAUCAAGCUGGUUCCGAUUAUUGUACAGCAUGUGAAGAGCCAAAAGAUAAUACUAUUUCUAAAAAAGAAACAACUACAAAUAUAUUAGCUUUAUCAAAUCCAACACAAAAAUUCACUUUUGGUUUUGGAGUAUCAACAAAUGAUACAUCUACAGCCAAACCUACCGGAUCACCGUUUACAUUUGGAAAUUUAGCGACGACAGCAGGCACAAAUGGAACGAGUGAUAUGGGCGCAACAGUUGGUGACGUAAAAUCAUUUAAUUUCACAACUCAAAAUAGUACGUCUACCAAUUCAGGCACAUCGUCUUUAGGCAAACCUACCUUUUCAUUUACACUAAAAUCCAGUUCCAUGGAAAAUCCCCAAAUGCCUAUAGCAUGCGGAGAGAUAAGUGAUAGUAAAUCAAAUUUGUUAGUUGAAGAAAAAGAUCCGGAUAAUGCCAAUAAAUCUAAAAUUGUAAAUUUACUCCCUACAAAACAAGAUGUUAAUGAUGACGGUGAUGACGAUUAUACUGAGGAAGAAAAUAAUGCAUAUUUUGCACCAGUUAUACCUCUACCAGAUAAGGUUGAUGUGGUAACUGGAGAAGAAGAAGAGGAUGUGCUGUAUGAACAUCGCGCUAAAUUGUUUCGUUUUGUUGACAGUGAAUGGAAAGAAAGGGGAAUUGGUGAUGUUAAAAUUCUACGUCACAAAAUAAAUAAAAAGUUGCGUGUUAUCAUGCGCCGUGAACGUGUUUUUAAAAUAUGUUUAAAUCAUGCUUUAACGGAGGAUAUUAAUUAUAAAUUAAAAGAUGAAAAAUCCUGGUUGUUUUUUGCAAAUGAUUUUAGUGAAGGCGAAGUUUCAGUAGAGAAACUUGCUUUACGUUUUAAAACAAAGGAAAUGGCAGAGGAAUUUAUGGAAACUGUGAAAUCAGCUUUACUUGGCACAGCUCAACCAAUUCUACCGAGCUCCGAAUUAGUUUCAUCAACUGAAAAAACUGCAAAUACAAGCCAACCAAGUAUCGAAGAACAAAGUUCUAAAAUAACUCAAAAAGAAGAUAUGCCAAAACUGGAAUGUAAUACAGAAAAAAAAUGUGCUGGUUGUCAAAAAAUUAAAACAAUUUUGUCUAAUGAAAUACUUUCAGAACUCGAACAUCCUUCAGAUGAAAAUUGUGUUAAUAAAUUAAAAGAUUUAUAUCAAAACGUUCGUACACUUAAAAUUGGAAAAAAUAAAAAAAAUGUCACUUUUUCUGUCAACGAUAAAGCUGCUGUCACAGCAAAAGGUGAUAAAGUCCCUGCUACAACAAAUGAUAAAAAUGUUUCUAUAGCAAGUGCUGAAAAAGCUACUAGUGCUAAAUCAAAAACAAAUGCGAGCCCACUAAUAGCAAAAUCUAAUUUAAAUGCAACAAAAAGUACUUCCGACGAUAAUAGCAGUAAUAUAUUUGGUGGUUCAAAUAAUGAUUCUACGCCGUUGAGUUUUACAAAUGCUUUUAAAGAGCUAACCAAAGUGGAGGAAAACAAUAGCAAAAAUAUGUCUAACAUCGUAGAAACUAAAGCUAAAACGGGUCCUCUAUUUUCAAGUAAUACAACCGUAUUUGAACAAGCUCCCUCUAUUUUUGGUACUAACACAUCAACUAAAACAGACACAAAUACUUCCAUAUUUGCGCCUACGCCUUUAUUAUCUGGUGCUAAUAUAUUUGGAAGCACGCCGACAGAUGCAAGCAAGAUCAGUACUGGGUCUAGCUUAUUUGGAGGCACGACGUCAGAUACAAGCAAGAUCAGUACUGGGUCUAGCUUAUUUGGAGGCACGACGCCAGAUACAAGCAAGGUCAGUACUGGGUCUAGCUUAUUUGGAGGCACAACGACAGAUACAACCAAGGUCAGUACUGGGUCUAGCUUAUUUGGAGGCACAACGACAGAUACAAGCAAGGUCAGUACUGGAUCUAGUUUGUUUGGAGGCACGGCUACAGAUACAAACAAGGUCAGUACUGGAUCUAGUUUGUUUGGAGGCACGGCUACAGAUAUAAACAAGGUCAGUACUGGAUCUAGUUUGUUUGGAGGCACGACGACAGACAAUAGCAAGAGUGGCGCAAGUAUUUUCAGUGGCUCAAAUAAUACUGGAUCUAGUUUAUUUGGAAACACAAUGACAGAAAACAAUAAGAGUGGUACAAAUAUUUUUGGUGGUUCUAAUAUAUUUACCUUAACAGCAAAUACAACAGAUAGCAAACCGCCUACCAAUCUUUUCAGCACAUCGAUAUUUGAUAGUACAGCCAAACCAGUGGUAGGCGAUAAUUCGAAUCAAACAAUAUUCGGUGGUGGUGGUAUGAGUGGUUUUAAUCAACCAGUUUCAAAGUUUGAAGGCACAAACAUUUUUGGUCUUAAUAGUAGUAGUACGGAUAAAUCGAGUAACAAGUCUGACGAAGAUGAAGGAAGUAAACUGUUUGAAGUACAAGAAAAACCACCAGAUAAUUCUGGACCACUAUUUGGUGGAUUCAAAACUGAAUCUAUGCCUACUUUUGGUGGUGUAGCACAAAAUGCUAACACAAAUAAUACCAAGACUAAAUCGCUAUUUGGGGGAUUUAAUACCGAUGCUGCGCCUAUUUUUGGUAGUGUAGGACAAAAUGCUAAUAUAAAUAAUUCCAAUAAUAAAUCGCUAUUUGGGGGAUUUAAUACUGAUGUAGUAACGCCUACUUUUGGCAGUUUAGCUCAAAAUGCGAACACCGCUACUGCUAAUGCAAAAGAAUCAAUAUUCGGAAAUUUGGAGAAUAAAAAUAAUUAUAAUUCAAGUAAAACAUCGACAGAGUCUGCAGAUACAGAUCUUAUUAUAAAAGGCGGUGAUAUUGAUUUUGCAAGCCUUGCUGCAACUGCAAAAAAUAGUUCCACAUUUGCAAACGAAAAUCAAAAAUCUUCACCUGGUGGCUUCUUCGGUCUAACUAAUCAAAAUGCUUUCUCCAGUUUUCAGAAUAAAAAUUCAAACACUUCACUAAAUAAUUCUAAAUCAAAUGAUUCGAAUACAAACGUAUCAGCGAGUAAUGCUGGUGAUGAUGGUGAUAAUGUGAACGAUGAAAAUUAUGAUCCACAUUAUGAGCCCAUAAUUGAGUUACCCGAUGAAAUUGUUGUAUCGACUGGUGAAGAAAAUGAGGACAAGUUAUUUGGCGACCGAGCUGUACUUUUCCGCUAUGAUAAUACAACUAAACAGUGGAAGGAGCGAGGAGUGGGUGAAAUAAAAAUAUUAAAGCAUCGAGAGAAAAAUACUUAUCGCAUGGUUAUGAGACGGGAACAAGUACACAAACUCGUGCUUAAUCAAGCGGUUGGAGCUGAUUUUGUAUUAAAGCUUAUGAAUAAUAAUGUUAAAAGUUAUGUCUGGGGUGGGUUAAACUAUGCGGAAAAUAGCAGCGGAGAACUUGAACAAUUGGCUGUGCGAUUUAAAAAGGAAGAAAUAGCAAAACAAUUUAGUGCUAAAUUAAAUAGUUGCAUUGAGGAUGCAAAGAGUCGACAAAAUUAAAAUUGAGCUAAUUUCCAUAGUAAAUUUAAAUGCACGGUUAUAAAAAGUUUUACUUCAACCCUGUAUUUGACAUUCUAACAGCGUUGUCGCUAAGUGAACUCAUAAAUCAUUCAUUAUCUAUCACAUUAAAGUUGAGAACUAAAUAUUUGAUUAUAAAAAAAAUUAUAUAUUAUAAAUUGUGAUUAUAAACACACAUAAAUUUAAAAACUUAA